ACAUGGAAAAUGCUAAUCCGUCCACUGGAGAGCAUUCACCACAGGUCUGUAUGGCAAAUAGAUUGUGAAGAGCAUUUCCGCUGUGAAAACGGAGAGAAAAAGGAAAUGGCUGAAAGAGAGUCUGAGCUAAAGCUGAAAGCGCUUUUCAUUUUGCAUAGGUCUGUGAGUAGCGGACGUGGCCUUCAAUCCUUAUAUAAGUGUGAAUUUGCUAGUUACACACAUCGAUAUUAUCUCAACAAUGUCAACCUUGCGUUCUCCAGUCGGUGAGCCGACGCCCACCACCGUUUUUGUUUGGCGUGGUGUACUCUGCUGGCUCAUAGCCGCGCUGCUGUGGCUCGCCUGGCAUCAAAAGGAGACCCACGUCAAAAACGCUCUACCUGGGAGGUGCAUGCUGACACACUGCUCAAGCGCUUCUUGUCGAUGGGACCCGCAAAAUCUCCCCACUAGUUGCUUGGAGAAGUACAAUGACGGUUGCAGCGCCUUCGAGGGACUGCUCAUAGUCGCGUUCAUUUUGGCGGUUGUGGAAUUCCUGCUCGCGCCGUUGCAUGCAGGGCGACAAGCGGCAGGUCUCAAUGGACUGAUACUGGUGGCACAGGUUGUCUUUUUGGGGACGCUAGGUAAUUUACAGUCUGAUUCGUCCUUCUUUUUUUACGUUAUUUUGCAAAGAACGCUAGUAUAGAGGCCCCGAGAGGUCAUGCAGAUACACUGCCUUGUCGACCUCCAAAAUAUUUAUAACGUCGAUCUGGAUCUACUUGCUUAUACCAAUCCUCAAUCGGGAUAUUUCACUUCACAUCCGUGCAGCUGCCUUUGUUGGGUCGGCAGCGGGAUGGGCAUACUUCUGGUUUCCACUACUGGGCGGCUUGGUGUACCCAGCUGGAACAGAGCUUUUGUUCUUCAUGCACUGGCAUAUGCGAGUGCCGCCUUUUGCUGGCUUGUUUCUUGCAUUUCUGGGUGGACUUCUGCCGUUUAUACUGUGGAUGGCAGACAGUACGUCCGUGAUGAACGGGUGGAUACCGGUCGGAAAUAGUGUAGCUUGCGGCACGGCAUUUGCAUCUGCGCUCGCAGUGAGACUACCAGCGAAGUACGGUCCCCCAGAAUCGAUGACUGAGCGGAUGGAAUGA